GAUGGUAUCGAUUCGAUACUGGACCGCAAGUCCCAGACAUUUUUAUUUUAUAAUUUGUUAAACAAAUUUUUUUAAAUUGCAGAACGCAAAGUAACACGGCGGUCAUCACACAUUUAUACGCACAGCACAAAUCAACAUUAAAUAAACGCGGAAAAUGUCCGAAGUUGAAGCAGUGCAGAUUAUUGCGGAGUCAUUGAAGCAACAGGGUGUUGACUAUGUGUUCGGCAUCAUUGGCAUUCCCGUGAUUGAGCUUUCGAUGGCCUUUCAGGCCGCCGGCUUGAAGUACAUUGGAAUGCGCAAUGAGCAGGCCGCUUGUUAUGCAGCCCAAGCCAUUGGCUAUCUGACAGGCAAGCCAGGUGUAUGCCUGGUUGUCUCUGGACCCGGUCUGUUGCAUGUGACAGGUGGCAUGGCCAAUGCACAGGUCAAUUGCUGGCCAUUGAUUGUCAUUGGUGGAGCCACAAAUCAGGAUCAUGAGGGUAUUGGUGGAUUCCAGGAGUGCCCACAAGUUGAGCUAUCGCGUCCCUAUUGCAAAUAUGCUGCUCGCCCACCAACUGCAGCUCUAAUUCCAUUGCAUGUGGAAAAGGCUGUGCGUUAUGCCACUUAUGGUCGUCCGGGUGUGGCCUAUUUGGAUUUCCCUGGCAAUAUUUUGCAAUCGAAGGCACAGGAAGAGCGUAUCUACAAAUCUUUGGCACAUCCAGCUGCCCCACUGGCCUAUCCGCCACAUGAUGACGUUAUCAAGGCCGCCCAGUUGCUUCGUCAGGCCAAGCGUCCAUUGGUUAUUGUGGGCAAGGGUGCCGCCUAUGCUCAUGCCGAGAAUACAUUGAGACAUUUGAUCGAGAACACCAAUUUGCCCUUCCUGCCCACACCCAUGGGCAAGGGUGUGGUAUCCGAUACGGCUGCCCAAUGCGUUUCAUCAGCCAGAACAUUGGCUCUCCAGAAGGCCGAUGUUGUCUUGCUUUUGGGUGCUCGUCUCAAUUGGAUUUUGCAUUUUGGUCGUGCACCACGUUACGACAAGAAUGUCAAAUUCAUUCAGGUGGACAUUUGCCCUGAAGAGUUGCACAAUUCGGUGGUUGCCUCGGUUGCCAUCCAAUCGGAUAUACGUCCUUUCGUGGAGCAGCUAUUCGAGCAAAUGAAUGCGGUCAACUUCCGUUUUGGCUACGAACAGGACUGGUGGAAGCAAUUGGCCGCCAAAUGCAAACAGAAUCGUGAUACAGUCCAACAGAUGUCACUGAAUACAUCGACACCGCUCAAUUACUAUGCGGUCUUCCAUCAUUUGCGUGAGCUCCUGCCCAAAGAUACCAUCAUUGUGAGUGAGGGCGCAAAUACCAUGGAUAUUGGACGUUCAAUGCUAUUGAAUGAGCAGCCACGGCAUCGUCUGGAUGCUGGUACAUUCGGUACCAUGGGCGUUGGACCCGGUUUUGCUGUGGCUGCUGCUCUCUACUGUCGCGAUUUUGCACCCGGCAAGCGUGUGCUGUGCGUCGAGGGUGACAGUGCCUUUGGUUUCUCGGGCAUGGAAAUUGAAACAAUGGUCAGAUAUAAAUUACCCGUGACCAUUGUUAUAGUAAAUAAUAAUGGCAUUUAUGGUGGCUUCGAUAAGGAUACAUUUGAGGCCAUACGCAGCGAAGGUGAUCUCACGCAAAUAACUCCACCCUCCGCCUUGGGCGUACAGGUGCGUUAUGAGGAAAUGAUGAAAAUGUUUGGCAUGCAAGGAUAUUUCUGCACCGAGAUCGCUCAGUUACAAUCAGCCAUUAAGGCUGCCAAUCAAUUAACGGACAGGCCCACCAUUAUCAAUGUGGCCAUUAGUCCAUCAUCGGAUCGUAAGCCGCAAUCCUUUAAUUGGCUCACAGAGUCCAAGCUGUAGGAUAAUUUCAAUCGAUUGAUUAGUAAUUAAGCACAAAGUUCCAGCAUUCCUUAUAAACAAAAAAUUUAUUGCCACGAAUUUUUCUUGUAUAUACAUGCAAUUUUUGAUAGAAAAAAAUGUGCGAAAUGUG